AUGGUGUUCCUGAAGCGGGCUCUCGCCGCUGCUACCUGCGUUACUUCCGCAGUUGCUGUCGAUGUCCUUGUCCAAUCCUCGGGAGGCAAUGUGACCGGGAAGUUCGGACACCCAUAUGGAUACGGCUUCCUGCACGAGGACAUCAACAAUUCCGGCGAUGGCGGCAUCUAUGCGGAGCUUAUCCAAAACCGCGCGUUCCAGUACAGCCCUGAGUUUCCGGUCUCCACGGCACAUUACUUCCCUGUCAACGGCGCCAACUUCAGCAUCGAGUUUCUCGACACCCCUCUCUCAGAGGCUCUGCCGGCAUCGCUGAGAGUUGCGGCGGGCAGCAACGGUACGGGGAAAAUCGGCUUCAAGAACGAUGGGUACUGGGGCAUUGCUGUCAGCCAGCAAAAGUACACGGGAAGCUUUUGGGUCAGGGGAGCCUACAACGGCUCCUUCACGGCAUCGCUGCAGUCCAACCUGACCGAUGAAGUUUUCGGCUCGGUCGAGGUUGCGUCCAAAUCUGUCGAGGGUGAAUGGACAGAGCAUGAAUUCGAGAUUGUGCCUGAGAGUGAUGCCCCAAGCAGCAACAACACCUUCUCGGUCACCUUUGACGUGGAUGCUGUUCAAAGCGGUGAACUGGAUUUCAACCUCAUCAGUCUUUUCCCGCCGACGUAUAAAGACAGAAAGAAUGGGCUCCGAGUCGACAUUGCACAAGCCCUCGCGGACCUGAACCCUACCUUCCUGCGCUUUCCGGGUGGCAACAUGCUCGAGGGCCUCACGAACGAUUCCUACUGGGACUGGAAAGAUUCUCUAGGCCCGCUGAAGGACCGUCCUGGCUUCCAAGGCGUGUGGGGAUACCAACAAACACACGGCCUUGGUCUUCUGGAAUACCUCGAAUGGGCAGAGGACAUGAAUCUUCAGAUAGUGCUCGGCGUCUGGGCCGGUCUCGCACUCAACGGUGACGUGACGCCCGAGCAGGACCUGCAGCCUUUCAUCGAUGACGCCCUGGACGAGAUCGAGUUCGUCCGCGGACCGGCAGACUCUACCUGGGGCGCACGACGUGCAGAGCUCGGCCACCCCGAGCCCUUUGAACUCAACUACGUGGAGGUGGGCAACGAGGACUGGCUGGCUGGCUACCCCGGCGGCUGGGACUCGUACAAGGCGUACCGAUUCCAGAUGUUCUUCGAUGCCAUCACAGCCGCGUACCCCGAGAUCCAGGUCAUCUCUUCUGGUGCGUCCAGCGACCCAGCGCCCGAGGGCGAGACCACGGGACCAAACCUCACUGAAGGGCUCGAUUCCACCAAGACCCCCGGUGCUAUCGGCGAUUAUCACCCAUACCGCGAGCCGGACGAGCUGGUGUUCGAAUUCGAUCGGUUCGACAACGACAUCGGACACAUCAUUGGCGAAGUGGCCGCAACACACGUGAACGGCGCCACGCCUCCCCGCUGGGAAGGUCAGCUGUACAAGUACCCGUGGUGGAUCGGAGCCGUCGGUGAGGCCAUCUCUCUCAUCGGAUACGAGCGGAACUCGGACCGUAUCCCCGGCACGUUCUACGCCCCGGUUCUCAAGAACGAGAACAGGUUCCAGUGGCCCAUCACACUCAUCCAGUUCACCGCGGACCCGGCGCAGACAACACGCGCCGUGACGUGGUACUGCUGGUCCCUGUUUGCACACCACACCAUCUCCCACACGCUCCCGACGACGAGCAACUCGACCUACGGGCCUCUGUACUGGGGCGCCGGCAAGGACGAGGCCAGGAACGGCGCGCUCGUCUGGAAGGGUGCCGUCUACAACACCACGGAUGGCGGCGAGGUCCCUGUGUCCGUGCAGUUCGACGGCGUCGAGGCUGGUACCAAGGCACAGCUGACCGUGCUGACGAACGGCGUCGGCGAUCCGUUUGCGUACAAUGAUCCCCGGACGGGUGUCAACAUUGUCAACACCACAACACAGGAGUUGACCUCAGGUGCGAAUGGGGCCUUCGAGUUCAGCCUCCCGCAGUUGAGCGUCGCGGUUCUGGACACAGAUCUGGGCGUUCCGGCGAGUGGUAGUGGUUAG